UCCAUUAAAUACCUUCUUUUCUUCUUCUUUGGAGCUUUUCUCCCUGGUGGUAAACCUUGUUUCUUCGUCUUCCCGUCCAGACUGCGACGUUGUUGAGCCCGUUGCUUGUUCGAUCGGUCGCGACCCAUCUAGCCCACGAUGGAGGGUGGCCAGACCUCGACCAACACCGCCCCCUCGGGCAACUCCAGUGAUUUUGUUCGCAAACUCUACAAAAUGCUGGAGGAUCCCUCCUAUGCAGAAAUUGUGCGGUGGGGUGACGAAGGUGAUAGCUUCGUGGUGCUCGAGUGCGAGAAAUUCACCAAGACCAUUCUCCCUAAACAUUUCAAACACAGCAACUUUGCCAGUUUCGUGCGACAGUUGAACAAAUACGAUUUUCACAAAGUGAGACAGAACAACGAGGAGAAUGGACAGUCUCCCUACGGGCAGAAUGCCUGGGAAUUUAAACACCCCGAGUUCCGCGCAAAUAGCAAGGAAUCCCUCGACAAUAUCCGACGGAAGGCCCCUGCCCCCCGGAAGCAGGCGCAGACCAACGAGGAUUCGGUGCCAGCGCAGCAGUUCGAUCUGUUGAACCAGCAGAUUGUCGCCCAGCAGCAGCAAAUCCAGCACCUCUCCGACCGCCACGCGCAGCUGACGGUCGACCACCAGCUCACCCUGCAGGAGGUGAUGCGCGUUCAGAAGACCGUCCUCAACCAUGAGAACGUCAUCCAUCAGUUGAUGACCUACCUGUUGUCGGUGGAUGCCCGGCAGCGACGGGACAGCAAGGCCACGCCCUUCCAACCCCAGGGCCAAGGCAUGAGCCCCCAAGUGGCCAUGGACGAUGUGCCGUCGUCGCCCCUGCAGAACGCCUCCAAGUUGCUGAACGACAUGAACGCCGAGGUUCAGUUCAAUCUCCCCGGCGGCCUCGAGACGAUGCCCGGCGAAACCAAGCCCACCGUGGUCCCGGCAACGACGCCCGGCCUCGAGCCCACCCCACGGAACGGGAUCGUGCGUCCGCCGACCGCGGUGCCCGCCACCAACCAAGCCCAAGCCAUGGCCGCGUACCCCAAGAUGAACGGCGAGAUCGAGCCGGUGGUCUACCCCGUCGGCGCGACCAACGGCAUCGACCCCAUGUACAGUGAGCAUGUGAACAACAUCCCCUACGCGAUGCCCCCAAAGCCGGAGGUCGACGACACCCGACGCCAGUUCCCGGACAAUCGGAAAAAGAGCGGCCACGUCGACCCGGGGUGGAUGCGCAGCCCCCACAUUCUACUGGUCGAAGACGAUACGACUUGUCGCCAGAUCGGUGGGAAGUUUUUGUAUUCCUUCAACUGCGUGAUUGACACGGCGCUCGAUGGUUUGGAGGCGGUGAAUAAAAUUCAGGGUGGCUCCAAAUACGACUUGAUCCUGAUGGAUAUCAUCAUGCCGAAUCUGGACGGAGUGUCCGCCUGCCAUCUGAUCCGCCAAUUUGACCGAACCCCCAUCAUCGCCAUGACCUCCAAUAUUCGCAGUGAUGAUAUCCAGCUGUACUUCCAACACGGCAUGGACGACGUACUGCCGAAACCGUUCACGCGGAAGAGUCUUCUAGAUAUGCUCGAGAAGCAUCUGGUGCAUCUGAAGACGAUCUCACAGGCCGUCGAUGGCACGCAGCCGGCUGCAGCCGUGACCAUGGCGGCCCAGAGCUCGGCGGCCCAGUCGGUUAAGGAGGAUAGUUCCCCGGGCCAGUCCCCCGCUGCGUCCAUGAGCAAUUGGCAAUCCCCGGGACAGUUCCAACCCAUGCCGACCGCCGCGGCGGUCAACCCCAGUAUCCCGCAGGUUCCUGCCCAGUAUGUCCCGGCGACCCCCGCCCCGGCCGCGUAUGCGGUGGACCAGAACGGGGUGCAAUACCAAACUGCACCGGUGGCCAUCCCGGCCGGAGCCGCCCCACGGCCACCUCCCCGACGGCAAUUAUCCGACAUGUCCAGUGCGGCGGAGAACCCCGUCCUGGCCAAGCGGGCGCGCAUGUACGUGCCGCAACAGCCCAUGAUCAACCCCGUCCCGGCGACGCGAACCGGUUGAGGGUCUGAUUUUCUUCAAAUAUUGUUUUCUCUUCCAUCAUU